UUUAGAUAAAAAUCGCUAUAUGGGUUUUGACGAUUUGCAAAAUCGUUUAACCAAAAUAUUCAAAAAGUCAAAACCCUAAACAGAUUCCACCAACAAUGCCAUUGCCAAUGCCUCAACCAAUCUCAUCAGACGACGAAUCGCCGCUGCCGCCGCCGCCGGCGGCCGCCGAAGACGGCGAAACUCCGUCAGAAAUCCAUCAGACCCACCAACUGCCCUCUAUCGGCGCCGCCAUAGUCCUCCGCCAGAUCCCCUCUCAAGGCAUCCCCUUCCAGGUCUGGCCGGCGGCCACCGCCCUGGUAGCUCUCCUCGACCGCCACCGCCUCCACCCGAACCCGCUCCUCCCCUUCCCGCCCGCCCCGACCCGAAUCCUGGAGCUCGGAUCCGGAACCGGCCUCGUGGCAAUCGCCGCCGCGGCGCUCUUCGGCGCCAAAGUGACAGCCACCGACCUCCCCGCGGCGCUGCCGAACCUUCAGUUCAACGUGGAUGCCAAUGCCGCAGCCGUGGCGGCCCGCGGCGGGGCGGUGGAGGUGGCGGCGCUGCGGUGGGGCGAGCGGCGGCACGUGGAGGAAAUCAUGGGGCCGGGUCGGGCGUAUGAGGUGGUUUUGGGGUCGGAUUUGGUGUACGACCCGCGGGUUUACGAUCCCCUUCUCGAAACCCUAAAAUUGUUGGUGGUGGAGAAAGGUGCGGCGGUGAUAAUGGCGCAUUGCCGGAGAUGGAAGAAGAAGGAAUCCGUCUUCUUCAGGAAAGCCAGGAAGUUUUUUCAUCUGGAGGUUCUGCACAAUCGCAACCAGAUCGAGAUCGACACUGGCAAAAAUCGGAUUGCCGUCUAUACAUUCUCUCCAAAAUAGUAAUUAGAGUAUUUUUUGAAUAGUAAUAAUUGUUUUAAUAGAAAAUCAAUUC